AUGACAUUUCCUCCAAAUGAUAUAAUAUCAAUUGUUGAUGAAAUUGCAGAAAUAUUAAGAUCUCGAAAUCAAACUUUGGCUAUUUCUGAAGCUGCUUGUGGUGGUUUAAUAUCUGCUUAUAUUGUGUCUGUUCCUGGAGCUUCUGAUUUUUAUAUUGGUGGUAAAUUAACUUAUUCAUUACGUCAAAGAUUAAAAAAUUCUGGAUGGUCAGAUUUUGAAAUUUCAAAAUAUGUUGGUCCAAGUGAACAAGUUGCUUUAAAAUUAGCUAGAACUACAAAAUAUGAAUUUGGUUCAAAUUAUGUAUUAUCAGAAACUGGAUUUGCUGGUCCACUGUCAAAUUUACAUUUAAGAGAAGAAAAUGAGGAAAAGAAUAACUUGGAAGAUGUUGGGAAUGUUUAUAUUGGUUUAUCUGGUCCUAAUGGUGAUUCAUCAGCUCAUUUUAAGACUGAUAAUCAUGAUAGAAGUUAUAAUAUGAUGGAAUUUGCUAAAUUAGCAUUACAAUUCUUGUUAGAGAAGUUAAAGGAGUAG